AUGGUGUUCGGUCACCACCUCUUAGUCUCGCAUAUGUUGGGAGUCCGUCCGCUCUUGCGGGCAGCGGCCUCGGAAGUAUGCGGUGCUAAGGCGCGUAUUCAUCACCAGAUAUUUUCUAGCCGACUGGCAUCAACAUGGACGCAAGAUGCGGACAGGGCCUCCCCGGAGAGUGAAAACCGCCGACUAUCUGGCCGCAUUCAUAUUCUCGGGGUUGGAAAUGUCGGUACAUUUGUCGCCCAUUCGCUCGCGAGCCAGCCAUCUCCCCCACCUAUCACUCUUCUUCUCCACAAUCCGGGGGUAUUCUAUGCUUUUCAGAAACGGAAACAGUGCCUGGCCAUCAAUAGCGCCGGCCUAGACGAUAUCAAGACUGGCUUCGACGUCAGUGUCCUCUCCGACGGAACUUGGUACACGUUGCCUUAUGGAGCUGAAGGGAAUAAUGCGCCAGCGGGUGGAGAGCGCAUCGCUGAAGAUAUGGCCAAAAAUGAAGCCGAAAUCGAGGCUAAAAUGGCAGAUAUUGAAGAGGAUACCGAACCAAUUGAGUGUUUAAUAGUUACCGCCAAAGCACCUGCAACUGUAGCUGCGCUGCGAUCUGUACAGCACCGAUUGACACCCGAAUCCACCGUACUGUUCAUCCAAAAUGGCAUGGGGGUUAUCGAUGCAGUAAACAAGAAAGUUUUCCCAGAGCCUACACUCCGCCCACACUACAUGCUUGGUAUCGUCAGUCAUGGCCUUGCUCAGCGACAGGAUAGGUUUCACGUCACGCACACAGGGGUGGGCACAACGAUCCUAGGUCCGGUGCCAUCACAAAACUCCAGAACCCUGGCAUCGACCGAUAAGGAGCCAGAUUGGGCCCCGAGUACCAAAUAUUUACUGCGCACAUUGACACUUACGCCGCCUUUGGUUGCUGUUGCAGAGACCCCUUCCUCCAUUAUGCUAUAUCAGCUGGAGAAAUUGGCCAUGAAUUCCAUUAUCAAUCCACUGACUGCAUUGAUGAACUGUCGAAAUGGCGAAAUAUUAUAUAACUACAGCUUCACGCGUGUGAUGAGAUUACUUCUUUUUGAGGUCUCCAGCGUGAUCUGCAGUUUACCAGAGCUGCAGGGCAUACCUGGGGUUGAAAAUCGCUUUUCUCCAGAGCGUUUGCGCGGGAUGAUAACGCAGCUUGCAAACAAAACAGCUAAAAACCAUAGCUCCAUGCUGCAGGACGUUCGAUCUAACAAAACAACAGAGAUCGAGUUUCUGAACGGAUAUAUUAUAGGAAGGGGCGAGGAACUCGGCAUAAAAUGCGUGGCGAACUACAUGAUCAAACACCUUGUGCUUGCAAAACAACGCGAAUCACGGCAGAAGGAUUUCAGCGCUAUUCCUAUUGACAUCACGGACGACCCCAAGAACAGUGUAUCUUGA